AGACAAAGAAAAUAAAAAUUUCGUAUUUCGAUAUUUGUAAUUCUUCCUCAGCUAAUCUAUACUCCCCCCAUCCUCCUCGCCAUGACGUCCGAACUAAGUGCGCCUCCUAUCCUCUCGACGCCGGCAGAACAUACGUUCAAUGAAGACCCCACAUCGUCCUCUGCCAUUUCACAGCCGAACCGUCCCCAUAGGUCUGACCGUGAGCUUUACGAAGUCUACGAAAUCGCCCGCACGGCAUCCGAGAUCCAACAGAAUGGCUGGAACCGAGUCGCGCUUCAAUUCCCCGACGCGAUGCUACCUGACGCCCCUUGGGUUGUCGGCGCACUAGGUACAGAGCUGAGAAAGGGGCAGGCCGAAAUGCACGAUCAGAAUCAGAGAUUGUAUAUCCUAGCGGAUACUUCGUAUAGUGCCUGCUGCGUCGACGAGAUCGCUGCCGAACACGCGGAUGCCGACGGCGUAGUACAUUAUGGCCGAGCAUGCUUGAGUCCAACCUCGAGGCUACCGGUAAUACACAUAUUCACUAGGCAGGCAUUAGAUUAUGACGCCGUAUUCGAGUCGUUCGAGAGGGAGUUUCCCGAGAGAGCAGAGAAAGUCGUGCUGAUGGCGGAUGUCAUGUUUCAAGAGCACGUCGAGCCCAUAAGUAAGAUGUUGGAGGAAAAGGGUUAUGCCAACGUCAUCGCCACCGAAAUCUUACGGGAUCCGACCGGAACGAUACCAAAUCGCAAACUUAUAACCUCCGACACGUCCGUCCACUUGAACGAAUACCAUUUAUUUCACAUCUCCACGCCUCCUACCUCCUUGCUCCUAACUCUCUCUUCUCGUCUCUCCUCUCUAAGGAUAUACCCGACGCCCUCUUCUCCCUAUACGACAGCAUCCGAAAUUCCCGACCCUAGCGCUACUCCGGGUUUACUCCGCCGCCGCUACGCUCUCGUCAUCCGAUUUGCUACGGCGUCUAUCAUUGGAAUUCUGGUGAACACGCUAUCCGUAAAGAAUUACAUGUCGACGAUUUCUACCCUUAAAAACCAGAUUGCCGCCGCCGGAAAGAAAAGUUAUACCAUCGUUGUCGGUAAGCUGAACGCUGCGAAGCUGGCCAACUUCGCCGAAGUGGACGGCUGGGUCGUUGUCGGCUGCUGGGAGAGUGGACUGGUGGAGCAAGAAGGCCUUUGGAAGCCUGUUAUUACGCCGUUCGAGCUCGCGCUCGCGCUGCAAGGCGACGAGAGCAGGGUUUGGACAGGCGAAUGGUGGGGAGGUAUCGAAGGCGUCAAAGCUCCAACUACUGUCGACGGAAGCGACGCGAAAUUGCUUGACCAAGAAGAUACGGCCAAAUCAGUACCCGAAGAAGUCGAAGGAGGCGUCGACGACGAAGAGUCCGAACCUCCCGAGUUCGAUCUCCGCACAGGCAAGCUCAUUAGCCAUAGCCGGCCUAUGAGAGUUGCUAUACGAAGCGCGCCGCGAAGCGCACCCGAGGUUGACGCUGCUGGUCUAAGCUCCAACCAGGGAUCUGCGAGUUCCGCGGUUGCUAAACGAGUUGUCGGCGAUAUUGCCUUGGUAAACGGCGUUGCAAGCCCGGGAGCGGAAUUCUUAAGAUCGCAGAGAACCUGGCAGGGCUUAGGUACAGAUUUCAAUGCUAGGGACGAAGAGGACGAGGAAGAGGAGAGCGCUAUCGUUGAGGAAGGACGAAGCGGAGUUGCUAGAGGCUAUACCGUUGGCGAGGACGAAUUACGGACAUGAGACAGCUUGCUAACCUCGCCGGUUGUAAGCGAACGAGGUUUUAACAAGUUGGAUACCCACCGCGAAGAUGAAUAAUACUCCGAAUAUCGAAUUCUUGCAAAUGUAUAAGGGACAGGCAGAAAGAACCACGGACUCUGACCUAUUCCCAAGCGCCGAUUUAGAGCUGAGAGCCAAUACCAAUACGCUACCCCUCUCAAGGCCCCUACAGCACAGCAGGUCCCCGUUGAUAUCCAUCCUCUCUCACCAUACUGGUCUUGCGCGCCACAUCAAAUAAAUUUGGACGCCUGAUAUAAGACAUAUGGUAUGGAUAUUUGAUGCGGCUACCUAACUACCUCAGAGGCCCUAACUACGCACGAUAUAAUACCUGAGUACAAGUAUUCUG